GCCAUGGAGAUGUUCAGUCGCAGGAAGAAGAAGCGCAGGCCAGAAAUCUCGGCGCCACAAGAUGUUAAACAUCACGUGCACACAUCAUUCAAUGCCACCACGGGACGUUAUGUGGGUCUGCCGCCACAGUGGCAGAGCGUCAUUGACACGCUGAGGAGGCCACGCCCCCUGGUGGACCCUUCUAAGAUCACUGAGGUCGAGCUUGGACCCAAGAAGACGAUUGUUCGUGGCAGUUUCGUUGGCCAUGGCGAUUAUAUCAGUCAUGUGAUCUCUCAGAUGAGCCAUCUCUCCGUCUCAAGCUCCAACUCCCUGAGUUGCAGAAGCCUGUUGGCACGGAAACGAGCCUGGUCACUGGGUGGACUGUUGGAGUCCUCCCAGUGCGAGGAGCUCAGUUGCCAUGGAGAUGUUGGGAAGCGUGACAGCAGCUCCACCUACUGGCAGGACCGGGUCUGCAGCAAGGCUGGCAGCCCCAAACUGAACGGAGCUCCUCAGAGAGGCAAGUCUACCUGCCAGGUGUGGUCUGAGGCCACGCCCCAGAGGACAGGGGUAUGGUCAGCCCACAGUGAGGGGGCGGGGUUGACUUCCUGUAAUGACAGUCUAAGAAUGAGAGCAGCUGUCAAUCACCUGCCUAACCUGCUGUCAUCUGCCAAAGAAGCUCCCAGAAGGCCACGCUCCUCCCACGACCUCAAACUGACCUCCCCUCCCCUUCCCCUCCUGCUGCCUCCUCCAAAUAGAACCAGCAGUCCCUUCAUCACAGGGCGAGGUUUACCUCAGCGCUCGCUCCAUCCCUCUGCCAGUUUUAACGUGACACUAAUGCCCCAGAGCCAGUCUCGCAAUUUCCCCACUGGGUCACCAGCCCACCUCCCCACCCAACUCUGCCCCCCCUCCUCCCAGCAGACAGAACUUGAUGGACGUCGGGAGAAUGUGAGCCAUGAGCAGUUUAAGGUGGCGCUGCAGAUGGUAGUGGACCCGGGUGACCCGAGGACUACCCUGGACAACUUUGUUAAGAUUGGGGAAGGGUCAACAGGCGUUGUCUGCAUCGCCCAAGAGAGACUGAGCGGGCAGCAGGUGGCUGUGAAGAUGAUGGACGUGAGGAAGCAGCAGCGGAGAGAGCUGCUUUUUAAUGAGGUGGUGAUCAUGAGGGACUACCAGCACCAGAACAUGGUUCAGAUGUACCGCAGUGCUCUGGUGCAGGAGGAACUCUGGGUAAUCAUGGAGUACCUGCAGGGUGGCGCUCUCACCCACAUCAUCAGUGAAAGCAGGUUGAACGAGGAGCAGAUAGCGACAGUGAGUGAGGGCGUUCUGCAGGCGUUAACAUACCUUCACUCACAGGGGGUCAUUCACAGAGACGUGAAGAGCGACUCCAUCCUGCUGACACUGGACGGGAGGAUAAAAUUGUCAGACUUUGGUUUCUGCGCUCAGAUCAGUGAAGAGGUUCCGAAAAGGAAGUCUCUGGUGGGGACUCCUUACUGGAUGGCUCCUGAGGUCAUCUCUAAAAUGCCAUACGGCCCCAAGGUGGACAUCUGGUCUCUGGGCAUCAUGGUGGUGGAGAUGGUUGAUGGAGAGCCGCCAUAUUUCAGUGACACUCCCAUCAACGCGAUGAUGAAGCUGAGAGACGAAGCAGCACCGAGCGUCAAAAACAUCCAGAGG